AUGCGAAUUCUUUGUCUCCAUGGUGCUGGCACCAACUCCGAGAAAAUCCCACCAGCCGAAACAGCCACCAACGCGAUCGACAAUGUCCUCGACAUAAUAGCUGAAGAAGGCCCUUUCGACGGAGUCGUUGGCUUCUCCCAAGGCGCAGCCAUAACAGCAUCCGUGCUCGCACACUACUCCAAGCGAAACCCACUGCAGCCCCAGACCAAUCUGUUCAAAUUUGCAAUGUUUAUCUGCGGUUCUAAACCUUUUACAUACGACGGCAUGAAUCGUAUAGAUCAGCGCGGAAAGCCUGUUGUUCAGAUACCUACGGCGCAUGUAGUGGGCAAGAAGGAUCAAUGGUAUAAAGAGAGCUUAGGGUUGUUUGCGCUGUGUGAUGGUCAUUCUGCCAAGAUUUAUGAUCAUGGGCAGGGACAUUCGUUGCCUGUUAAUUCUCAGACGACGGGGGUUGUGUCACAGAUGUUCAAGAAUUUGAGUGCAAAGGCGAAUUUUGCUUGUUAA